AUGCAUGAGCGAGACACCCAAUUAGGUCUUGUAGCGGGCCCCACGGCAAGCGACAUGUCGACUCCGCUACCUUUGCAAAGCUAUCGAUCGGCUAGUAGCAGCAUUCCAAUGGCAACGACACUAGAAACUCAAAAAGUCGAUGCUACAUCGUCUGCAGACGCUGCUAUUGUGCCUAUUAAAACGUCGUUUUUUAGUCGCUGGUUUCGUCGUAACCGAGUUGCGAGUAGUCUGCUCAAAACCAAAGACAAGACGUCUACAAGUCGAUUGUUAUUUAUCAACGAUGUGAAGCGAACGAUGGAGUACGCAUUAUACAUGCAGAAACACCAUAAAAUGGAUUUAUACUCGGCUAACACUGUGCAUUCCUCCAAGUAUUCUGCUUUAAACUUUCUACCGAAGUCCCUUUUUGAACAAUUUCGUCGUAUAGCUAAUUUUUAUUUUCUCAUCAUUUCUCUGCUUCAACUUUGUACAAAUCUUUCGCCAACAAACGAGUAUUCAACGAUUGGACCUUUAACGUUUGUUUUAAUGGCAACAAUGAUCAAGGAAGGACUAGAAGAUCGUGCACGACAUAAACAAGAUUGGGUGAUAAAUCACGCAAAAGUUGAUACAUUGCUAGGCAAGGUUGAAGCCAAAAGGACAGACUCGACGGUAUCGCAAUCGACUUUACUUGGAGAUUUCCAAUCGAUUUGCUGGCAAAAUUUGUGCGUUGGUCAUGUGAUUAAACUUCACGAUCAGGAACAAGUACCUGCUGACAUUGUCUUGUUAUUUUCGAGUCAAGAUAAUGGCGAAGCUAUGUGCGAGACGUCAAGUCUUGAUGGCGAGUCGAAUCUGAAGGUUCGUUAUUGUGUAAAGUGGACGCACAUUGUUCCACAAUCACCGAAAGAAUUUGGUGUGACUGUGCACGGCGAAAUACGUUGUGAAGCACCAAACAAGCGAUUAUACGCCUUUGAUGGGGUGAUGCGAGUUUCUCGUUCAAGGAAAGAAAUAAAUCGUGAAUCUUCUCGUCCAUCCAUAGUCACACGAACUUUAGACGACGAAGAGUUGUCAGUCAAAUCUGAAGAGAUUCCUAUAACAAUCGACAAUGUUUUACUUCGGGGCAUGAAAUUAUGUAAUACCAAGUGGGCCAUUGGAGUCGUUGUAGGAGGUGGCAAUGACACGAAAAUAGUGCAAAACAUGAAGUCGAUACCGUCAAAGUUCAGUCGAUUGGAUCGAAUUGCCAAUCGCUGUAUUUUUCUUAUCUUUUCGGUUCUUUUUGCUCUCUGUUGCUUCAGUUCCAUUCAAGCGUCUCUUAUUGCUCUGAAAGCACAAAAGAGACCGGAAUGUGCGUCUGCGUUUCCAUUUAUUGCCCCAUCUCGUCCAGCAUAUUUUCUUGAAGCCUGGGUGACGUAUUUGAUUCUCUACAAUAACAUGGUCCCCAUUUCUCUUUAUAUUAGUUUAGAGGUGGUCAAAUGGUAUCAAGCGCGACGAAUUGAAGAAGACCCGAAAAUGAUCUGUCCCAUCACUGGUCGUGGAGUGGCCGCACGUACUUCCAAUGUGAACGAAGAUCUCGGCCAAAUUAAUAUCGGUGGUAUCAUAUUUGACGGCUCGACAAUGCUUCACCGUCAAAGAGUGCAGAGCAAUACAAACGAGCAGUCUGGAUGCUCUGGUAUGGUACUAAACUAUAAUAUCGCGUCAAUGACUCGAGGAGGUAAUACAUGUCGAGAAAGCAGUGUGGAGAGCACACGCAAGUCCUCACACGUGUUUAAAACCGAAAAAGAUGUGCGACCGUACUCACAGAUGCUUAAAUUAUUAGAGAACUCGUCUCGACUCGCAGGCAAAGAGUCACGCGCAGUUGAAUUGGCUCGUCCAUUUUUUCGAUGUUUAUUGUUGUGUCAUUCCGCGUCCGUAGCAAUUGAAGAUUUGUCGGACAAUGUGGACGGACAAUGUGCAAAGGGUAAUACAUUAAACGAGAGUAUUGACAAUAGCGUACGAGCAGAUAUCCGGUAUCAAAGUGGCCGAAAUAGUUCAUUUGCGAGCAAUCUGGCAGCUGCAGAAGCCACCGACGCAUUUCCUUCCUUUGAUAAAAGUCGAAAGUUCUUUGGUUCUUCACCCGACGAAGUUGCGCUUUUGAAUGCUGCAUUGGAGUUUGAUUGCGUUUAUGUACGACGAGAGGGAGAUAUUAUUCAUAUUCGUUUGUUUGGACAAUCUGAAUCAUACCAACUGUUGGCAUUGAAUGAUUUUGAUAGUACACGCAAGUGCAUGUCGGUGGUCGUGAAGAGAUUAAGUCCACGAAAAAGUCAUUUGCUCGACGUCGCUCGAAAUCGAAGGAAUAGUAAGGAGCUACAACCUACAGAAUAUGAUAGUUUGAGUAGUGAUUUGGACGAACGCGAUGUUUUAGUAUUUUCGAAAGGGGCGGAUACGGUCAUGUUUGCUAAUGCGUACGAUGACCAAGAUAUUAGCCACUUGGCCUUGCACGUUCACUAUUUUGCUGCAAUGGCUCUACGAACUUUGCUAUUUGGAUAUCGUACACUAUCAUCAGCAGAAUAUAUGGCAUGGAAAGCGGACUUUGAUGCUGCUAAAAAGGCAUUGUCGAAUCGAGAAGAACUUUGUGUUCAAGUGGCGAGGCAGAUUGAAAAGUCGACAAAGCUUUUAGGUGCCACGGGAGUUGAAGAUCUUCUUCAAGACGGAGUGCGAGAGUGUAUAUCUCAGCUUUCUUUAGGUGGCAUCAAUAUUUGGAUGCUUACAGGAGAUAAGGACGAGACUGCGAUUUCUGUCGCUCACAUGUGUGGACUAAUUGGUCCUAGAAGUAAAAUUGUAAUAAUUAAAGGGAAGACAAAACAAGAUUGUCUCGAAGAGAUUGCUAAAGCAAGGCGAAAGCUUAAGCGGGAAGGUGAUUGGGCCCCUGGUGUGGCUUCUCACGAUAUCUCUUUAGUGAUUAAUGGUGAGACGUUGGAACUUUUACUUACUGAUGCUUUUGUUUCAAGAAAAUCAAGAACACGCGUAUCAAUGAUCGCUUCCAAUCAAGUGGCUCCUACGUUGACCACAUCUGAUCGACUUCGGAGUGAAAGAGAUGCAAGCUCUUUGUCGUUUAGAUCAAUCAAUAGUGCAUCAUUUUCAGCCGCUCGAAUCCCUUUAAGCAAUCGCCAUACAACGCGUACGGUCAUGGCGCACGAUUUAUUUCUUGAGCUUGCAUCUCAGUGUAGAACGGUCGUCGCAUGUAGACUAAGUCCGAUGCAAAAGGCUCAAGUGGUAAGCUUGAUGAAAGGUGCUCCUGGUGCACCUUUAACUCUUGCUAUUGGAGACGGCGGCAAUGACGUGAGUAUGAUCCAAGAAGCUCAUGUCGGCAUUGGUAUCUACGGACACGAAGGAAUGCAAGCUGUACGAGCAGCUGAUUUCGCCAUUGUCACUUUUCGCCAUCUCUCUCGACUUCUUCUUGUGCAUGGACGAUGGAAUCAUCGUCGUGUGGCGCUGGUCAUUUUGUUCUCCUUUUAUAAAAACAUGACUCUCAUCAUGACGUUGUUUCUGUACUCAUUCUACAAUCGCUAUUCCGGACAGACAUUGUACGACUCAUACUUAAUGGUAGGCUGGAAUGUAUUGUACACUGUACUGCCCAUUUUUGUAUUGGGGAUCACGGAUGAAGAUAUUCGAGAUAGUGCAGUGCUGCGAUUCCCAAUUGUGUACCGAAAUUCACUUCGAACGAGUGAUCUGAGCGUUCGAGGAUUAAGUAUAUGGGUCGCGAACGCCCUAUUUCAUUCAAUAUUAGUCUUUUAUUCUGUCAUGAAUACCAUGAGCAAGGUCUCCUCUCGUUUCGGUCACUUGAAUGGUCUUUUUCCUGAUGGUACAGCAGUUUAUGGUGCAUUGAUCCUUACAGUAACACUUAAAGCUACUUUACACAUGCAGAGUUUGUACCGUUGGACGCGAGCGCAUUAUUUGUCACUCGUGGGCGGCUUUUCAGCGUACAUUAUGUUUGUUUUGGCUUAUUCUCAAGCAUAUCGUGUAUUUCCAUCAUUCGACGUCUUUCGGGACUUUCAAGGUCUAGCUACCCUUUUGUUUACAGAAAUGUUGUUCUGGAUGAUGCUCAUUUUUACGUCCAUUACAUGUCUUUGUGGUGAUCUGGCUGUUUUGUACUUACGAAGAAUGUACUUACCUUCUAGUAACGACAUUAUUCUUGAGAUUGAUAGCGGAUUUGGAGACGUUCCUCCUUUUCCAAACUUAAUAGGGGGAGAGUCAACUCGCACUGCCAAAGUGGCGGAUUCUGUUGGAAGAUCAGAAGAGGGAAGUUCCAGCGGAAUGAACGCAGUUUUUUCGAAAAAACGAGAACUUUCGCCCUUAAUUCUUCAAGGCGAGUGGAGUCAACAAUUUCGAGAUUUUGACGUUCCAUCUGAACACGAUGAGCUGUCUAAGCAGCUCGAGUCGAUUCAACAUGACUUGGCUCGAGAGAUUGGCCACUUAGACCCAUUAUUGCAGGAAGAUGACGCUCAAAGCUCCCGGGCUAUCCGUGUCCAGCCACCUGUUCAUCCGCUCACGUUGGAAUUUAUGGGCGAAGAACAUCAACGUCUUGAAUUGGAGUAUGAAAUCACAUUUGCUUUUCGAGAACGCAGUCGUGUGAUGCUUUGUCUUAAAGUUAUGGCGUUUAUGGUUCCUUUGUACGCAGCUUACGAAGUGCUUUGGGAACGCGAGUCAUCAUAUAUUUACAUUCGCGUCGGGUACUUUGUAUGUGACUUACUUUUCAUGCGGUUUGCUCGAACAAAGUACUUUGUUCAGCACUAUCAUAUCGCUAUUCUUAUCCCGUAUUGCGUUAUUGGAAUGGCUCUUACACUCACUAUCUCGGAUACUGGCAAAUUUGCGGCUGCCCUCUAUCCUGUGGUUCUUUUCGUCGUGAUUCGCGUCAAAUUUUUAUCUGCACUGACGCUCUCAAUCUACAAUUUCACCUUCUACAUGCUCGUCGAACGACUAACUUCAAUGGAUUAUCAUGACGGUGUUGAUGUGGCCGAUCUUAUGCUCUUUGCAUUGUAUUUGAUCUUUGUCAUCAUGUUUGGAGCUUACGCAUGUUACUCGCUUCAGAUUACGAUGAGACGUGACUUUUUACAAAGUCGGUCGCUACUGAUCGAACAAAAACGAUCGACUCAGAUCUUGAAAAAUAUGCUGCCUGAACACGUGGUGCAGCGGAUGCAAAAGGGGGACACUCUUAUUAGCGAAGACGAACAGGACGUGACGAUUCUAUUUUGUGACAUCACUGAAUUCGCAUCAUUUGUAAACCGGUUUAGUCCGACUGAAGUCGUAUCAUUACUGGAUCGUGUCUACUCUCUUUUUGAUCAAAUUUGUCAAAAGCAUGGUGUUCGAAAGAUGGAAACAGUGGGAAAAACAUACAUGGCUUGUGCUGGACUCCAAGGCAAGAAUCAAGGGCGUGAAGCUGCACUUCGAGCUGUCUCAAUGGCUCUUGAUAUGCUCGCUUGUCUCGACAAAUGUCGCGCGUCGAAUGGAAAUGGCAUUAAACUACGAAUUGGUGUUCAUUCUGGCCGUGUAGUCAGUGGAUUAGUUGGCAUGAAGAAACAACAAUUCUCCUUAUUUGGUGACACAGUCAAUACAGCGUCGCGAAUGCAGUCAACAGGUGUAACUGGCUAUUGUCAGGUCUCUCAAGUGACAUAUCAAAAGGUUGUAGGUCAUUUUACUUUUUCGGAACGACAGGUGGACGUGAAAGGAAAAGGAAGCAUGACAACCUACUUGGUGGGUGAUCCUGUGACUGAUAUAGCGCAGAUGUCAUGUUUAGGACACUUAGAAGAGUCAACCGACCGAGAUUCUGUAAUGCUGUCGAAGUCGGUUAAGAGGUUACGUCGAACCUUUGAACAAGAUUUUUUGACCGCUACUCGAACGAAACUUUUACUUUCAGCUCGACAAAAAUGGAAGAAGUUUAAUCCAAUUCAACUGCUUCUAGGUACCCCCCCUGACCUUGCAUCAUGGGGUGAAACAGACACGAGUGAGAGUGCAAAACAGCACAUGCUUACUGAAAUUCGCUUGUUGACGCUACAAUUCAAAGACGACGAUAUGGAGACAAAAUACCUCGAGAGUACAUUAUCGACACGUAUCGAUGGUGCUCGUACAACUCUUCUUGCACUUGCACUGUACGCAACGUUUACGUGCAUGCGUGACUUGGUGGUCGAAGUUUUCUCUGUCAUUUCUAUCAACGCACCUCAGAAGAAUAUUUCAGCUACAAUGUACGUGAUUUUACUCCUGACACGAAGUCCCUUUGCCUUUGUCGCAGUUCUCGUAGCACGACAAGUACGAGAUGAAUUUGUCUUUUAUUCUGAGGCAAAAUUGCGUACCAUUCUUCUUGGAUUUUAUCUCGUGGGACUGUUUGUAUUCACGAUAACUCAAGCAUUAUUAUGGAGACUAAAUUAUGAAGCAGACAUUGAUACCUCACCUCGCUAUGUCAAUUUGUGUCUCGAUACCGUCCUUGCAAUGUUUGUCGUGUCAAACGGGAGGUCUAUAUUGUACCGUCAUGUUGUCGUCUUUAACGUCAUUGCGUUGGUCAUAGUAACUAUCACGACAUUAGUUUCAUUACAGCGAUAUCAUCAAGACGCCGCGAAAUUUAAUUCGAAAUUCAAAGUAAGUUAUCCAAUUGUACUCACGUAUUUUUCCGUGGUCGCCAAUAUCAUUGCAGCUCAAAGUGUCGAAUUUUUCAAACGUCGUCAAAUUUGGUUGAAAACACGGACGCAAUUUGAAACAAUGAAUGCAGAUCGUUUGUUGUAUCAAAUGCUUCCAGCAGCUGUGGUCAUGCGGUUGAAAGAAGGAGAAAUGGUAUGCGAUCAACACCAACAGGUCGGCAUUUUAUUCUCCGAUAUCAAGGGCUUUACGUCCAUUGCGUCACAAGCUGCUACUGCUCAAGUGGUUAAUAUCCUCGCUUCACUUUUCUGUGCCUUUGAUAAACUCACUGAAAAACAUGGAGUGUUCAAGAUGCAGACAAUUGGAGACGCGUACGUGAUUGUAUCAGGACUCCCAUAUGUGGAUAUGAGUCUUGGACGCGGUUUAGUCACAAGCUCUGCUAGCACUACUGAUAUGUCCAUCGCAGAUGCCGCGAAUCAUCGCGGCAUUGCAUCGGGCUUUUUACGAUUGUCGAGUAACCGCGUACUACCUUCAGAUAGAAAAAGCGACCAAGUAGAUGGACAGAAUGUUAGUCCGCGAGGCUCGGGUGCCAAGGUGCCAUCACAUCUUGCAGGACGAGGUACGUUGAAACAUGAACAUCGGAUGCAGUUGCGCUGCCACAUUCGAGACCUUUUAGCCAUGGCUCGUGACAUGCACAAAGAAGUGCGUAAGGUGCAAGACCCGAAUACGGGUGAGCGCUUGCAGAUGCGUAUCGGUAUCCAUAUUGGCAAUAUAAUUGGUGGAGUAAUCGGGACGACCACGUUACGUUAUGACAUGUGGGGCCCUGAUGCACUUACUGCAAACGAGCUUGAGUCUAAUGGCGUACCUGAGAAGAUACUCGUGAGUCCCAUUGUACAAGAAGUGGUCAAGGAUAUGAAUGAUAUUCGCUGCACUUUUCAUCGCAAGAUUAACUUCACCAACGUUCCAAUGAUGGAUACUUAUCUCGUUGAGUUUAUCGAGCCCGGAAGCACUAGCGGUUAUUCUUCCAGAGAAAAUAGCGAAAAUAAUCUCGAGCGACAUAUUACAGCGCCCGGUUACAUUGCCCACGACGACGGUAAUUCUCACGAAAGAUCCUUAUCAGAGUGA